AUGAAUUUCAAGCUUCCAUUACCUAGAGCGAUUCCUGGCUUGUCAUGGGCUACCCACAAACUUUUCUUUCUUUCUUGGAUCUACACUGGAGUAGGAUUUUUUGCUUGGUAUAAGAUUACAAGUGCUCAAAAGCAAAAAGCUGAGGAAGAUCAUAUAGCUUAUUAUCGCUACAGCGGACAUUAUAAGCAUCCUUGGGAGAAGAAGGACCAAAAAUAUAAUGAUCCUAAUGCUAUUGAAGUUACCAAAGGAAAAGACUACGUGAAGAUGGUUGCUAAGCCUCAGGGAAAUCUCCUUUAUUAA